AUGAUUUGUUUUAAUCCUCGGCCGUUGUUUGUCGUCGGGUAUUGGACGAUAUGUUCGGUGACCACGAUAUUUGGUCGGGUAACGAAUUUCGCCCGGGCCGGCGGAAACGUCGCGGAAUACGAUUGCGAAUGGGACGGCGAAAUGGCCAAACGACUGGACGGACACAAUAAGCCUGCAAUGGUGGGCUCGUCCUGGCCGCCGGCCGCGAAAUGUCACGGCGGUGGCGGCAAGGGCGACCGUAAAUUGCAGAACGAUACGGCGAAAUACGCGGGGCGGUCGUCGGAGUCGUCCGGAGGUGCUCAGUGGCGAGCGCGUAAAUGGAAACCGACGCGGACGCCAUCGGGCAAGUCGAAUGCGUCGUGGCCACCGGGCGGCCGGCGCCGAGCGACCGUCCGCCCGAGUAACGCGACCCAGGAAGCGGGACGGCAAAGCAAAACCAGCGACCGGGGCGUUUCGCGGACGACGACGCAUAGCGGUGCGGCCGCUCCCCGCGGCGGGCGAAAAGUUUUCGGCGACGAAAACGACUGCGUGUCGGCCAGCGACGGGCGACCGUGCGUGUGUUACAUGACGGACUUUUUGGACUCGGUGGGCCAACUGUUGGACGAGGCGAAGCUGGUCCGAGACGAUACGGCGGCCGCGGUGGCCGCGUUCGCGUGCCCGUCGUACAAAACCGUCCCGCCGGCGUUUGUCGUUUAUCCCUGGCCGCCGCCGUCAACGGCGACCGCCGUUCGCCUAUCGGGACAGAUAUCCGAUCGGAAAAACAAAAACGAAACCGCGGACGUGGCCGCGGCUCCGUCGCGGAAAAAAGUGGAUUUCGAUUAUGUCGUCAACUACCGACUAGAAAAGUCUAAAGACGGUGAGUUGUGUUUUCGACGAAAAUCGUCUGCAGCCGGAAACGGAACGGCCGAUACCGCCGACGGGCGUGUCACUGUUUUGUUAUGUACCCGGUGACGUAGACGAUAGGAUACAAACCGUUCGCGCAUAUUUACCAGUUUUACGAAUCGUUUGCACACAUUUAUCUUAUUGUAAUCUGUACACGUACUUAGUGUACGCCGAUAAUAACGCGAAGGAAACGUUAUUUAACAACUUUUUAAUUUUAACGUCGGCAUUUGCCGUCGUCGUCGAUUCCACGCGAACCAGUCGUCGAGUUACAGGUAAAACAUUUCAAAUGUGUGCAAACGAUUUGAACUGAUAUAAACUAUUGCCAACGAAAAAUAAAGUAUUACCGUUAGUCAUGUGUAUUAUAUUUUUUGUUUGGUAACCCAGAAAUUCAUAAUAGUUUUACAAGUAAUUAGCAGCUGUUUUACCGUAUAUGUAUUGGGGAGACAACAAGUAAAAUAAAAAAAGGCCGACAUACUUCGCACGCGGGUGGGCCACUGUUUGUAGGUGAGGAGUUAACAAGGUAGUAGAAGGUUAAUUCAAUGGACAUGUGUACGCAACAAUUAACCAUUGCUAACGAAAAAACGAAUCUGAGCGGAGUUCACUUGAUAGUGUUGCUUUGUCAAUAAUGUCAUAUAAUGGUAAAAAUAUGAAAAAGGGAUUAUAUAUUUUCUUUAAUAUUGUUUGUUUUAGAUUUUACCUAUUUUCCGGUUUUUUCUACGUUUUUUCAGAUUUUCCCAUCUUUUUCCCGGGUUUUCCGAUUUAUUGGCAAAACUCAUGGAAAAAUCUAAAAACGACAACCCUUAAGUGCUUUUUCAGUCCGAUUUCCUUUUAGAAGAUAUGUUAUCAUUGUGCAUCGAGUGUAUAGUAAAACCAAUACAUUCUUCGCUCCAAUCAGCAUCUACUUGAAUGCACCAACAAGAUCAAAAACACUACAACACAAUUAUAAAGUAUUUUACUGCAAUAUUAGUUCUAGCGGAAAGUCAUGUUUACAGAUAGAAAAGUUAAUAAAUAAAAACACACAUCAUAGUAAAACUAAAAAUACCAUGUUGUGUAAAUAUGCAAUAUCUAUAUUGGGUUUUUAAGUUAUAAAUAUAUGAUUAGGAAACGUUACUUUGACAUCGAAUAGCGACGUAAUAUUAUAAAGAAGAAAAUUACUUAAUGUUUUUGUGUCCAUACUAGCAUUUUCCUUUCGAGCAAUUUCACUUUCCAACAACGACUAAACAAGUAUACGAGUGUAUUGUACUCGUAUUGGUUCGUCUCUUUGCAUAGCUAACCGUAUAACACACGUACUCGUUUAUCUACUGUGUGUGUACACCAAUCAUUAAACGCUUUGAUAAAUUAUUAUUUUUAUUUAGAUCACUUCAGUGUACACUAUUAUAAGUUGGGAAGUGACAUUAAAAUCCGAUGUGUGUCCAAUAAGACGGGAAUAAAUGCGUUUAAAUGGCAAUAUAAAAAAGAAAAAGUCAAAUCGAGUAAGACUAUUAUAGAACUAUCCAACAUGGCCCGAAGUUUUAUAAUUUAAUAGGCUAGAAUCAGAACUCACAUAAUCCAAUAGAACUUAUUAGUUUAGAUACAAACGGCUACAUUUCACAUAAAUGUAGACCUGUUUGUGAGUUUUAAAACAAAUUGAACGCAAAAUCUAAUUCACCUUCAAAUGUUCUAUGAAACAUUAUCGCUUAAGUAUUUAUGCAAUUUUCGGAAAAUGUGGCUUUUUAUUCUAGUCUAGUAUAAUCUUAUUAAAAAAUUAAGCCUUAUAAAAGACGCUGUUUCAUUUCAAUAUUGCCUUUUUUCAGAUUCUACAAUCACCGGUACAGAUACGAAUAAUCUGUCAAUUUUGAAUUUAAGAUCGGAAGAUAGCAAAAAUUACACAUGCGUACCUACAACAGAGGCGAUCAAAGGUUUAAGUUCCCGAAAAAAUGCUUACACGCAUUACGUUAUUGGUAGAUAAUUAUUGAUUAUUACUAUAUAGUAGUGAGUUUUUAUGAUUUUUUCCUAUAUAUUCCGACAUUUUUAACAAAUAUGAAAGUUAAAAUCGAUAGAUUUAAUUUAGUAUAACCCACCUAAAGAGAUUUAUUGUUUUAUCAAUUAUAGACAAAAAAAAAUUGUUAUUUAAAAUUUUAAACAAAAAAAGUAAAUAAAACUGAAAAAGCAUUUUAGGAUUUUAUCUAAGGGGAGGAGGAGAAUUUUAAAAACUGUGUCAUGUUUUACAAAGUGUAAAUAUUAUUAAAAAGAAAGAAAUACUAUGCAUGAAGGGUAGGCCACUCUUGUAAGGAAGAAGUUGAGAAGGUAAGUUAUAUAGAAGUAAAUAUAUAUAAUAUAAAUUUGUACGAUUCUUUUAAAAACGAUUCGAAGCAAAGAUCAGUUAAACAUAAUUUAAGAUGCCAUAAUAUUUACGUUUUUCAACAAAGUUUGAUACUAAAAUUUUUAUAUAUAUAAAAAAAAAGAAUCUAAAUUAAAUUAAAUUUAAAUAUUUUUUAUUUUUACCAUUAAGUAUGACUUAUAGUAAAUAUUUUGUUAAAUUUUCAAGCAUUUCUGAUAGCCUAACAGUGUUAUUUACAGAGUGAACAAAAUUCUAAUGUCUAUAAAAAGCCCAGAAAUGGCUCAACUGUUGAGAACAUCUUACUAAAUCUAAAAAAAGUAGAAUUUUCUAUUCAAAUUUUAAGUUUCUAAGAAUAUUUUGAACUGGAUUACACCAAAAAAAAAAAAAAAAAAUUUCAAACAUUUGCCCGUUUUCCUAUUUUUUCCUCCGGUUUCUCAAAUUAUUAUGAAAACCGCUUGGAGAAUCAUCUAAAACGACUUCCUGAAAGCACCAAAUAGAUAGAAGCAAUAUUUCUGGUGGAAAAAUUGUAAAAACGAAAAAAAAUAACAUCACCGUAAGACCAAUUACGCUCAGAAUCUAAAAUCGGUUAACUUUAAUAUAUUUGUAUUUGUGUAGCACCCAUGAAGGAGUACUAUAUUGUGUUAUUUACCGUUUUUCUUUGCAAGUUCAUCAAAAUAAAUUUUAAUUCAAAGAAUAAAAAUAAUACUGCGUACGAAUAUGAUAUAUAGGUACAAAAAAUAAAAAGGUAUGAAAGAGCUAUGAUAUAUCUCCCUAAUCCUUCCUCUUAAAAUGCCUCACUGAUUUUUCUACGAGCUACAGACUACAACGAGUAGUAUUCCCUUUAGACAAGUACACAAACAUGAAAUAGAUCUUAUUUGACGCAUAUACUUAAACUUUCUUUGUUAUUAUACCUAGCUAUUGACAAACCCAUUUACGAGAUCUUGGGUACAGCGCUUUACAAGACCGAUAGCGGUAGCGGUUGUGUACAAGAAAUAAUCGAUCCAAUGAUAAAAAAGCUACCGGGUUUCAUGCAAAACGAAAUAUGUCCAGAAGGAUCGUCACAGCACGCGUGUAACGUCGUUGUGGAAUCGUCAAAAUGUUUGAAAAAUGAAGUAUACCGAUUUUUCUAUUUUUUUUUUUUUUUGUAUCAAACAAAUAAUUAUAAUCCACACUAUUAGAUGUAGAUUUAGUAGUUCUAGAAUCGAAAUAGUAAAAAACAGUGUUAAUAAGACAACAACAAAAACAAAAAAACAUUCGCAUCCAUUGGAACAAUUAUUAAUAUCUAACCAGAGAGUGGGCCUUAUCAUAUAACAAUUAAAGCAAAUUUCAAACAUUAUGCAAUACUUAAUUAACAGUUUAGGGAAAAAAAAAUCACUAAUAACACAAUUGAAAUUAAAGUUUUUGCUUACAUAUAUAUUUAGUUUAAAUUCAAACAAUGUGUAGCAAACAAUGUGUUGAUUUUCCUAUGGAAUUUUAUGUAUGGUGCAGUUCUUUUUUUCCAUCAGUAAACAACCUUUUCACCAGAUUAUGCCAAAAUGUAGAAAACUUUUUAAAAAUAUUUAUCAGAAAGGACACAUAUAAACAUGGGAGUUUUCAUUUUGUUGCCCAAGAUUCGGUUGAACCUCGCAUUAUUAUUGCGCCAAAUUAUGUAGCAUUUUUGAUUUGACUCUAAACUAGCCAAAAUAUUUAUUUUAAAAAAAAUAGUAGACAUGUUUAAUUGUAGCACCGAUCCUUUCAAUUUAAAUUAAAAUGUUGACAUUUGUACAUGAUAUAACAAAUGUAUUUAACAGAAUUCGUUGGAAAUCAAGUAUGCGGUCACGUUGAACGAUAAAGCUAAUUACUUGACUCGUGUCAGAACCAGCAGAAAAGGUCAGAACGCCUUGUUUUACCAAAAACUAUUGGCAAAAAUAUCGAACGUUUUAGUUGGAAACCUGAACAAGACAUUGGCAGUUCAAAGUAAAAAAAAUAUAGCUUCAACUAAUAAUAUAAAAAUAUAAUAGGCAUUCGUAUUUUCAAUGUAUUUUAAUAUUAUAAUUUUUUAAUUUUUAAUUUUUUUUACAGUUCAGUCAAAAUAUUCCUUGAUCGACACGUAUUUCAAAUCGGAUCUCACUCGGAAGAUUGUAAACAAAUUUGUUUCCUGUAAACCUGGUUUUGGAAUUCGGGAAGUCUUCUGUAGUGCUUGUCCUCCACAUCACUAUAGCCCGGACAAAUCGGCAGACUGUUUGAAAUGCAGCAAAGGUUUUUAUCAGCCAGUCGCCGGGUCUGUAAAGUGUGUCAAAUGCCCGAACUUUUUGGCUAAUGGUUGUAACAAGAUAAACACAAAAUAUACUGUAUAA